ACUAAAAAAUGUCAUAGAUUCUGCUUCUUUCAAAACUGUAGUGGUCACUCUGUAUUAUUACAUAAACCUGUAUUGUAUGUGCGUACAAUAGCUGAAAGCAUAUGUUACACAUGAUCUUCCAGUUAAAGACAAUUCACCGUUCAUAUCUCCAAGCUCGAUUUUUAUCGAAUUGUGGCGAAAGAGUGCACUCAGUAUAUUUUACAUGGUCACUGACAAACAUGUCUUCUACAACUUUAUGUUUGAAAAAGCCAUAAACUUAUAUCAUAACAUUUUAUCACGUGAUAGUUAUGCUACACAAUUAAAUUUUAAUAUUUUAUGGAGCAAACUACUAUCGGAGAUGCCUACGCACAAAAAUACGUAUUUCCUAGGAACUUUAACGACUGUGAUAACUUCUUGGACACACGUUGGUUAUCCUAUAGUACAAGUAAAUCGACACAACAAUACACGGACUCUUGAAAUACUGAUUAGAGACUGCUUUCUAAGUAAUAUGAAGAACUCUUGUGUAAGCACGUGGUGGAUACCUGUGACCUACAUAACAAUACAACAGUCUAACAUGACAUAUCAAUGGUAUUUACAACCAGACGAAAACAAUAUUAUAGUUCCGAAUAUUGAAGAAGAUGAUUCUGUCCUUUUUAUGGAUGUACCUGGAUAUCGCGUCAACUACGAUCGUAAAUCUUGGGAGAAUAUUGCUCUCUUCUUGAAACGUAAAACGUCUAAGAUUUUAUCUGACGUGUCAUUAGCCCAAAUUCUCGACGAUGCUUUUUAUUUUUUAAUACAAAAUACAGAUUAUAAUGAAAAUUUUGAUUUAAAUACUAAUGAUAAUCUAGACAUAUUUUUUGAUAUUGCAACCAGUGUAUUUCACGUGAACAAUUCCUACAUAGCUUGGUAUCCUAUAUUUACUGCUUUCGAGUACUUAUCAAAGAUUUAUCCCUUUCCCGAAAGCGCAUACAUCAAGGAUAGAAUUCUGGAUGUAUUGCAUAAGUUUCUUGAAGAUUCGUCGCAUACACCUUCUUCCGAAAAUAAUGUCACUAAUCAGUUAUAUUACGAAGUUUUAAAAUGGGCAUGUAUUCUCGAUAGCAUAAAGUGCAAAGAUAUUGUUAUGGAUGAAUUAACAUGGCAUAUAGAAAAUCUUGCACAAAACAGACUUUUGCAAAGUUGGCAGAAAUGGAUAUUUUGCCAGAGUUUAAUGGUAGAAAAUUCCACGUAUGAGAACUCUUCUAUAUGGUAUACAUUAAAAACCAUGUAUGAAACGCAGUUAAAAGAAGAAGAAAUGUUUAAAUUUUUACCUUGUUCUCGACUUCGCAGCAAUAUUUUCUUAUCUUUCAAAUCCUUUGCUACUACUUUUCUACCAUCUUCUGAACGUAGUGUAGAUUUAAAGAAAAGUGAUAGAGUUUCUUUUGUUUUUACUAUUUAUGCGAAGCAUUCAAAAACUCUUGCGUCGCUGACGUCUAUACUAGAAGAAAUACGUUACAUAGAAAGCGACAUUAACAUAGGUGCACUAAUGAACUGUAUUAUUAACAACAUAUAUUCAGACGAAGGCUUGUCGAUGGUUACCGAUGGAAAGUUCUUACAAAUGCUGAGAAACAGACAUCGUGCGCCAUCUUAUGUUAUUGUCGCCGUAAAACAAAAAGUUGAUGAUCGUCGUGCUUUAUUAGUUAAAGUAAAAAAUAUCUUCUUUCCAAACCGUAAAAUGCAUUUAUUUACAGAGAUUUAAUGGUAGACUUGUAUACUCGUUUUAUUUAUCUUAAAGGAAAAAAUGCUACCAAUUACUUGUUUUUCUCAAUACUUAUGUGACUUGUGUGUAAUAAGUAAAGUUUUCUUUUAUGACAACAAAAAAUAUUUAUUACUUAUAUUUAAAAUCGGUACUACAGUUUACCGAUUUUAAUAUAGUUACUAAUUCGCGCCAGUUGUCCACAAAAGAAAAUCAGAUCGGUAUUAACAAUAAAUAGUUUUUAAUAGUAUAUUUGAUUAAAGUAUUGUUGUAAAGUUAAGUAUUCAAUAAGCAUCUUGC